GGGAGAGAGACGGGCAGACAGAGAGGCCUCGAACGCCGUCCCCGCCUCACGAGCCUCGCGGCCUCCGGACGGAAGGAGCAGAAGCUGCCUGCCGAAGCCGUGGGUGUUCAUGAUAACAUGUCCAAUGUGUCCGUGGACAGAAGCAUCAGACAGCAAGAGAUUAAAAAGGGGCUGCAGUUUAUACAGUCUACAUUACCCUAUCCCGGGACACAAGAGCAAUAUGAGAUAUUCAUACGAGAGCUUGUUAAAAACUUGUUUAACGAAGGGAACGAUGCGUACCGAGAAGGCGAUUGGGACGGGUCGCUGAAUCACUACUCUGAAGCUUUGAACAUAGCGGAUUAUGCCAAUAGUGAAGGAAUCCACAUUUCUGAUGAAAUAGUAGAGAGAAUGCAUGUGAACCGUAUAGUCUGUUAUUCUAAAAAGGGCUUGCAUGAGAAAGUUCUAGAAGAUUGUGGGGUUGUUUUAAAACUGAAUGAAAACAAUUUCCGGGCCCUCUACCGGAAAGCCAAAGCCUUGAAAGAGCUGGGGAGGUACAAGGAGGCUUACGACGCUGUUGCGAAAUGUUCCCUCGCGGUACCCCAAGAUGAAAGUGUAAUAAAAUUAACACAAGAGCUUGCUCACAAGCUAGGAUUAAAAAUAAGAAAAGCCUAUGUUCGGGCAAAACCUCCCGCCAACCCUGUCUCUGGAGAAUUAUCAAGUAAGAAUUCCAAUUCCUCUAUAGAAGAUAUUGAAUCAGAUUUUUCCAGUUGGAAGGAAAAGCCUCUUUCAUCCUCCUCCUCUUCCAGUUUUACUCCUGAAGUGUCCAGUGACCUGGCGCCAUUACCAGUGGGGUCUCUGGUAGGGCUUCCAGCGGCGGAGAAGAGUUCUGUGCCUCGUGCCUCUCUGACAAACGGAGGCACGGUUUUUACUAUGCCUGAAAGCUGUUUAGACUGCGGGGAUGGAGAUAUUAUUAUUGGAGACGAACUGGAUGAGUUGCUAGAUUCGGUAUCUGACCCUGGUGAAAGUGUCCUGCCCAGCGCCGUUGUCAGAGGAACCGUCCCGGUGGCCACGAUGGCUCCCAGCAUGCCUUUCUCUCCCCCUCUGCUCGGGACUUUGCCGGUUGGGGCUGGGUUUGUUCCCACAGCCGCCUUUUCCGAAAUGUAUUCCCAGCCGCUGGUUUCCUCCUUGGACAACUUCUGUGCUUCUUUAAGUACUUUUUCGAUCAGCGAUUCUAAAAGAGAUUUACCCAGCUCUACUUCCAGAGAUGGCACAACGGCAUUAAACAGUAAUUCUCCUCUUUUACUUAUGAAUGGGCCAACUAGUUUGUUUGGGUCUGAGAACUAUGUUGGGAUGUCAGGCCCGGCUCGGAAUGACUACUCGAGCGUAUUCGGCAGCAGCCCUGCUAGCAUGCCCGUGUCCGCAUCUCCCUUAGUCGCAAGGAAUCCCCUGGAAGGCACCCACGAGCUCAGGCAGGCCUGCCAGGUGUGCUUUAUCAAGACAGGCCCUAAAUUGCUGGAUUAUACCUACCACCCCAAUCUAGAGCACAAAUGCAAGAAGGACAUCCUUAUCGGCAGAAUAAAAAACUCUGAAGAUAAAUCAUGGAAAAAAAUAAGACCGAGGCCUACAAAGACGCAGUAUGUGGGCCCUUAUUAUAUCUGUAAAGAUGUUGCUGCUGAAGAGGAGUGUCGCUACCCCGGUCACUGCACCUUUGCGUAUUGCCAAGAGGAGAUUGACGUGUGGACUCUGGAGCGCAAAGGGGCCUUCAGCCGCGAGGCCCUCUUUGGCGGCAGCGGGAAGAUCAACCUGACUGUGUCCCGACUCCUCCAGGAGCAUCACGGACUAUUCAUGUUUCUUUGCGAGAAAUGUUUUGAACAUAAACCCAGAAUAAUCAGCAAAAGGAAUAAGGAUAACUCAGCAUCUUGUUCACAUCCUGCUAUGCACGACUUUGAAGAUAACAAGUGCCUUGUCCACAUUUUGCGAGAAACAACAGUAAAGUAUUCCAAGAUACGACCUUUCCACGUUCAGUGCCAGCUGGACCUUUGCAGGCACGAAGUCCGGUACGGCUGUUCGAGGGACGAUGAAUGUUUCUACGCUCACAGUCUCGUAGAGCUCAAAGUGUGGAUAAUGCAGAAUGAGACAGGUAUUUCUCAUGAGGCUAUUGUGCAAGAAUCAAAAAAAUAUUGGCAGAAUAUGGAGUCUAAUGCACUUGGCGCCCAGAUUAUCAGCAACCAAGCAAAGCAUGGCUCCUUGAAUUUGAAAGUGAAGUUUGUGUGCGCCCAGUGCUGGAGAAAUGGGCAAGUUAGUGAGCCAGACAAGAACAAGAAAUACUGUAGCGCAAAAGCGAGGCAUCCGUGGACCAAAGACCGCCGGGUGGUGCUGGUGAUGUCGAAUGAGCGGAAGAAGUGGAUGACAAUUCGCCCCCUUCCCACAAAGAAGCAAGUGCCUUUGCAGUUUGAUCUGUGCAAUCAUAUUGCAUCGGGCAAGAAAUGUCAGUAUGUCGGGAACUGCUCCUUCGCUCACAGUCCUGAAGAGAGGGAGAUGUGGACCUAUAUGAAAGAAACCGGUAUUCAAGAUAUGGAGCAGCUGUAUGAAAUGUGGUUGAAAAGCCAGAAGCCAGAAAAAGGGGAGGAUCCUGCUGCUCAAACAAACAAGGAAAACGGGAAGCAAAUUCACAUGCCGACUGAUUAUGCUGAAGUAACGGUGGAUUUCCACUGCUGGAUGUGUGGGAAGAACUGUAACAGCGAGAAACAGUGGCAAGGGCACAUCUCAUCCGAAAAGCAUAAGGAGAAAGUAUUCCACACGGAGGAUGACCAGAACUGCUGGCAGCACCGCUUUCCAACAGGAUAUUUCAGCCUUUGUGAUAGAUAUAUGGCUGGCGCUUGUGCGGAGGGAAACAAUUGUAAAUUUGCCCACGGGCCUGCCGAGCUCCGCGAAUGGGAGGAACGGAGGCACGUUCUACGCAUGAAGCUCAGCAAAGCCAGAAAAGACCACUUGAUUGCUCCAAAUGAUAAUGACUUUGGAAAAUAUAGUUUUUUGUUUAAAGAUUUAAACUAACCUUAUAACGAUGCAUUCACGUUACCAGAUGGAAGCAUAAAUCAGAAUUUGACAGUAAUCAAAAGCAUGAGACAGAAGCUGCAGAUUUUCUGCUUUUCUUGGCCUGUAUUGUCCCUCCUGAAGAACAAAAUGUAGUAGAUGUAUAGGGGGAAGUCGGUGGUUCUGUCUGUGCUCUCAUGAAACAGAAUGGUGAACUAACAAUAAAGCAAGUCCGAAGUCUUACGUGCUUAUUCACCUUCUGUUGGGUGGAAGAAAGGUGGGAAAUCACAGGAGGGCGGAGUUGUCAGGGCUAGGGAGCGCCUAGUGUUGGUCCUUCAACUGAAAAACCUUUAAGGUAAGCUUAUAAACAAAAACCAGAUGUCUGGGGUUCAAAAGAAAAUGACGGAUGAAAAUUCUUCAGAUGUUUUAAUGGAGAGGAUUUGUUUAAAACGAGUUUGCUAUUUAUCUCUAUGUAGGUUGCUUAAUAAAAAAGGAUUUUCUUAUUAAAAGAUUUUAAGCAAAAUAACCAUUUAACGGCAAUAUAUGUUGAAUGGGGUAUUUUUCUCUAUUUGUAUGUUUCCAUAUAACUUACUGAAAAACGGAUCUUGGAAGAAAGACAUGUAUUACUUUUUUGAAAAUCAAGUAGUUAAAAUUCUGUUUCUUGGUCUUUGCUGUUUAAAUGAUAAUUUUGAAAGAUUCCACUUGUAUGUCAGUAUUGUGUAUUGUAUGGACCAAUAUUGCCUGUAAUAAAAAAUAACUUUGCA